CUGAGCCCCAAAGACCUAUAAACAGGGGAAGUCUUCUCUGGGAUGUGCACAGCUGCUCUUGCUGCAUAAGACCUGGAACACGGGACUGCUGUCUGCUCUCUCUGCUCGCCCUGCCUAGCUUGAGGAUCUGUCACCCCAGCCAUGAGGACCCUUGCUCUCCUUGCUGCCAUUCUCCUGGUGGCCCUGCAGGCUCAGGCGGAGUCACUCCAGGCAAGAGCUGCAGACCAGGAGCAGCCUAGAGCAGAUGAUCAGGAAGUGGUUGAUUCCUUUGCGUGGGAUGAAAGCGCCACUCUUCAGGUUUCAGGUUCAACGAGGGCCUUGGCCUGCAUCUGCAGACGAUACUCCUGCCGUCCUGGAGAACUCCGAAGAGGGACUUGCAGUGCUCCUGGAGUACGCUACCUGUACUGCUGCCGCUGAGCUUGCGGAAGAGAGAAAAACGAGCUCAUAAUUUGCCUUCAGAGCUCCAGGGAACUGCUGUUACUCCUAUACCUGGUCCUCAGUUUCCUUUCCUCAUCCCAAAUAAAUGCCUUCUGAUAAGA